CACGUCAAAAAAUUUGGGGAAAGCUGGAAAGGAAGAAAAAAUAUUAAUUUCAUGUGAAUUUCCUUCACAAAAAAUAUUUUAAUUAAUAUUUCCCGCAAAAUCUAGUCCCCAAAAAUUUUUUAAUUUUUUUUUCGUAAAAAAAAAAUCCAGAAAUAUGGAUUUAAUGAUCUUGAUAGCGAUUGCCACGUCCUUGCUGGUCAUUAUCAUCACUCUUCUCUACUUCAAGAGUAAAUCAGAACCACAAAAAGUUGCUCGUGAGCCCCAACAACGAGGCGUUCCCGCUCGCGCUGCUGAAGGCGUUCCUCGUCGUGCCCAAAUCGUUCGAAAUCAACGAAAUCGUGCUCGUGUCGUCGAAGAUGAGCCCGUUGCUGCUGACGACGAUGACGACACCGAACGUCCCAUGCCCGAUUUCGACGGGAAAAUGGGCGCCAAGAAACGCGCCAAGCUCGAAGCGAAAGAAGAAAAGAAAAAACAACGCGAAGCCGAGCAACAGGCACGCGAAGAGCAAAAAGCAAAAGAUGCGAUAAUCGAAGCGGAACGUCAAAAGCAGCAACAGGAGGAAGAAGCGCUGGAAAAAGCUCGCGAAGAAGCCGAACGGAAGGCACGCGAGGAGAAGGAAAGACGCGAACACGAAGAAUAUCUAAAAAUGAAGGAGGCAUUCAGUGUCGAGGAAGAAGGAUACGACGAGGAGGAAGAAAGUGACAAUUUGCUGCAAGAAUUCGUCAAGUACAUCAAAGAGAACAAAGUUGUCGUGAUCGAAGACGUAGCGGCGCAUUUUAAGCUGAAAACGCAAGCCACCAUCGAUCGCAUCAAGGAUUUGCAGAAAGAUGACAUCAUCAGUGGCGUUAUUGACGAUCGGGGAAAAUUCAUUUAUAUCUCGCCGGAUGAACUGAAAUCCGUUGCGAAAUUUAUUCGGCAACGCGGAAGAGUUUCAAUUACGGAAUUGGCGGAGCAUAGCAACAAAUUGAUUAAUUUUGCAAGUCCAAUAGCUGCAAGUCAAUAAUUUAUUCGGAUUUUUUGUCGACGUUUUUCUUUAAUUUUUAUAUUUUAAUAAUAAUAAGGUUAACAAUUUUGUUUAUUGUUAAAUAGAAACAAUUAAGAAAAAAAAGUUUUUUUUACGAAGACUUUCUUGGGC